GCACAGGCACGGCGCUUGCGCCGCGCGCCGCGCGCCGCGCCGGGGCGUUGCUGGGAAACAUCUGGCGACGCCUGCGACCCGCCAACAUGGCGGCGGCGCUGGCGUGGCUCGCGGCGGCCUGCCUCCUCUUCGCAGCCCAGGUGGCCUGUGAGUAUGGCAUGGUGCACGUGGUCUCUGAGACUGGCAGCCCCAAAGGCAAGGACUACUGCAUCCUCUACAACCCACAGUGGGCCCACCUGCCACAUGACCUCAGCAAGGCGUCUCUCCUGCAGCUGCGGGACUGGACGACCUCCAUGCUCUGCUCUCCAUCCGACCUCCCUGCCAAAGGCUUCAGCAACCAGAUUCCGUUGGUGACUCGGGGGAACUGUACCUUCUACGACAAAGUGAGGCUGGCCCAGGGCAGCGGGGCCCACGGCCUGCUUAUUGUCAGCAAAGAGACCCUGGUCCCCCCGGGAGGCAACAAGACUCAGUAUGAAGAGAUUGGCAUUCCGGUGGCCCUGCUCAGCCACAAAGACAUGCUGGAUAUUUUCAAGAGUUUUGGCCGAGCGGUGAGGGCAGCGUUGUACGCCCCCCAUGAGCCCAUGCUGGACUACAACAUGGUCAUCAUCUUCGUCAUGGCCGUUGGCACUGUCGCCCUCGGGGGCUACUGGGCUGGCAGCCGGGAUGUGAAAAAAAGGUACAUGAAACACAAGCGAGAUGAUGGGCCCGAGAAGCAGGAGGACGAGGCUGUGGAUGUGACACCCGUCAUGACCUGCGUCUUCGUGGUCAUGUGCUGCUCCAUGCUGGUGCUCCUGUACUACUUCUACGACCAUCUCGUCUACGUGAUCAUUGGGAUUUUCUGCCUGGCCUCCUCCACGGGCCUCUACAGCUGUCUGUCGCCAUUGGUCCAGAGGCUGCCAUUUGGCAAAUGCAGGGUCUGCAACAACAGCCUGCCCUACUUCCACAAGUUCCCUCAGGUCCGCAUGCUGCUCCUGGCUCUGUUCUGUGUGACUGUCAGCGUGGUGUGGGGAGUCUUCCGGAAUGAGGACCAGUGGGCCUGGAUCCUUCAGGACGCGCUGGGCAUUGCCUUCUGUCUCUACAUGCUAAAAACCAUCCGCCUCCCCACUUUCAAGGCCUGCACGCUGCUGCUGCUGGUGCUGUUCAUCUACGACGUCUUCUUCGUGUUCAUCACACCCUUCCUGACCAAGAGUGGGAACAGUAUCAUGGUAGAGGUGGCGACCGGGCCUGCGGACUCAGCCACACACGAGAAGCUGCCCAUGGUCCUGAAGGUGCCCAGGCUGAACACCUCGCCACUGGCCCUGUGUGACCGGCCCUUCUCCCUCCUGGGUUUUGGGGACAUCCUGGUCCCAGGGCUGCUCGUGGCGUACUGCCACAGGUUUGAUGUCCAGGUGCAGUCGUCCAGGGUCUACUUCGUGGCCUGUACCAUCGCCUAUGGCAUCGGCCUCCUGGUGACGUUCAUGGCCCUGGCCCUCAUGCAGCGCGGCCAGCCAGCCCUCCUCUACCUGGUGCCCUGCACGCUGAUCACCAGUGGAGCCCUGGCGCUGUGGCGCAGGGAGCUGGGCAUGUUCUGGACGGGCAGCGGCUUUGCGAAGGAUAUACCUCAGCCUUCUUGGGCGCCAGCCUCAGCUGAAGGCCCACAGCCUCUGAAGGACUCGGAAGCCGUGCUUUCCCAGCAGCCUCCUGGAGAAGCUCAGGCCAAGCCCACCCUGCCUGCAGAGCAGCCUUCAGAAAUGGCUGAUCCGCAGAACGUGGCCGGUGUGUCUGUCCGGGAGCCUACAAGUCCUGCCAACUGCACCCUCGAGCCCACAGGCCUGCCAGGCACCUCAGCCUAGAGGGGCCAGUGCAGCCUCAGCCCCUCGCUGUCCCCCGAAGACUGGACCUGCCAGCCCCGCAACUUGGUGCUCUGGUCUGGCCGAUGCUCACGUUUCCUCUGCCUCUUCGAGCCCAGCCGCACCCGGCCUCUGGCCCUGCUCCCAGCUUGCGUGGCUGCCGUACGCCCCUCGGACCUGCAAGGUCCCCGUCCCACAAGCCCAGCCCCAUAGUCUUUCUAGUCAGAGUCUCUUGGUGGAACCUCAGAAAGGGCAGGAAGUGUCACCUGCACCUGCCGAAGGCUGCAGAUCCGCCACAUCUGGUGCUCACACCGCACUGCUGCUUCCCCUGAAGAUGCCCUGCUUUGCCCUGCUUGGGGGGAACGGCCUGCCUGGGGGCCACAGCUCUUCUGCGGCCCAGCUGGUCCUAAUGCUGAGAGCCCAGGCCCAGUGGUAUGGACUCAGGCUCUCAGCUCAGCUGGCGUGGGGUCUGCACCCACCUCUGGGUUGGUCAGGGAGCUGGGCUAAGAGCUGCCAGCAAGGCUGACAGUAAAUGCACGGGGGCUCUCGGGCUGAGCCCUGACCCUCGUCCCUCCAUCAGCCUGGGUGGUGUCUGGAGCCUGUGCUUCAUCCAGCCCCUCCAUGUCUUAAUAAACAGCCACGACUUUCUGAAAUUCCAGUGGUGUCGCCUCUCUUGGACUGCCCUUCCCGGAGGCAGGAUGGGCGCCAGGCCUGGUGGCCAGGCCCUUGGGGUCCACAGGACUGGCACCCGGAGCCUGCAGUAACCAGUUCUGCCCUUUGCGUCGGCUGCACUGCCUCUCAGCACAGAGGGCUGAGGCUUCCCUUCCCACAUCUCGGGCACCUGCACGUUCUCGACACCAUCCCGGCGCACACAACUUGCCAGCCUCUGCUGCAGCGUGAGCAAGGCGAGCACACUGCAAGGAGCUUCUGGAACGUGGGAGAAUAUUCUGGACCUGGCAUUUUUGUUUCUACCUCUGAACUUGGCGACAGAUGCCAUGGGAUGGUUGGCCCGGUGACGCCGUGUCCCGGUCCCCUCCCUCCACCACCGUGCUGCAUGUGUCACCACCACCCCGAAGCCAGUGGGCUUCAGCUCAGCAGGACUGUCCGUGGCCCCGAGGCCCGCUCCUCCCUGUCCACACACACCACCUCCAGACUCACGCUCAGAAGAUGUCUCCAUUGGCGUGACGGGAAGGCACGGACCCUCCAGCUGCACGGCCUCACUCCUCUCUGCUGUAGACCGUGGGCCUGGGGCCGGGCUGGGAUCCACUCCACAAAACCAGCACGAGACAGACUCACGGGCCGUCUCUGUUAGCCACACUUCUCCCGGGAGAAGUUUUAUUCCAAAACAAAAGUCUUCCACUUGUUUCCGUGUGUUUCCCCUGGGAGGGAGAGCAGCUGGACCUGUGGCCCCACGGGAGCUCCUGGACAUGGGGACGGGGACCUGUGUGUCGCCACUGGGCGGCCUGGGCAAAGGACCCACGUGGCCCCUGUCUGCCCCUCAGCCUGCGCCUUAAUCUAAGCCAUUUUGUACAUUGGUGUCAAAGAUGGGAAUCUUUUCUGUUCCAGAAAUUAGACAAAUGUCACAGAAUUUGAAGGCAGUGUUCCUACAGUUUUUGUUUGCAGUUUUGGCCUUGCUUCUGUUCGAACCUUAUAAUUAAACAGCUUUUGUUAUGUAGGA